AUGCCUCGUCGACUGUCGACGACCCUACGAGUGCCCCGUCGAGACCAUCUCUUUUCCGCAGACGACGAUACCGCCGAAGUUGAGGCUGAUGCACUCAGACGACGUGCCGUAGGUCGCAGGAAAUCAGCCCCGCCUGGCUUUGUUCCCGCAGAACAUCACCACGCUGGCCAAACUACUCCGUCCGGAAUACUUAGGUUGGAGUUGACAGAAGCCCCAGACGAGUCAUCUAUUCAAGAUGAUGCAGAGGUCGAGUCGGAUACUGGGAGCUUCACUCUCAAACUCCUCCAGCAAGCCAUCAACGAGACACCCCCUUUUGGAAUCAGGAUAUGGAAGCCCGCCUUGUACCAACAUGGUCAACCACCUGACGACGACGACGGAAACGAUGGCAUAUACUCGGUGCCAGGCCAGAAGGCUAACUUGUGGUCACUGCUAUUCAACAUUCUCUGGACCAUCUUAUUCGGCUGGUGGCUGGCUGCUUUAGCUGCUGUCGGUGGUCUUGUUUGUAUGGCCAGCUCCACAUCCAGUUCGCAAGAAUAUGGGCGAGUCUUGUGUGGCCUGGCCGGAUACCUCUUCUAUCCUUUCGGAAAGCUUGUGCGACUGGAAGACAACGAGAACCUCAAUCAGGGACGCAGCAUGCACGAGUAUGAGCAAUGGCAGAACGGCAGCCUGAAUCAUGGCCAUCUUUUAUUUGGUCCCAGACAAGGGCAACCUACGGGACAGAGUACCCUGUUGGGUCGGGGCCAAUGGAAUAAUGGAAAGAUCGUCUUCCUUUCUGUUCUAUACGUAUUCGUCCUCCCACCGUUAUUCUUGGUUUCAAUCAUCUGCUGGGCCCUUGUCUUUACCAUUCCCAUGGCCAAGACCUGCAUCAUUUUUCUCAUAGACCUCAUGGGCAUCGCCUUGAUCAUUAUCUUCAAUUGGCUUAUUCUUCAGAAGCUGUUACAUAUCCACACCUUUACUAUUCCACCUUCUCUACUCUUCCCGGCUAGCCUUUUUGGCAUCAUACCUCUGGCGUAUUUCAUCGGUCAGGCUGUCGCUUCGAUCUCAGCUCAGUCAUCCAUGGGCGUGAGCGCCGUGGUGAAUGCAUUCUUCUCUACUAUCUUCGAGGUCCUCUUCUACUGCGUGGCCUUGAGGCAGGGAAAGAGCCGUCUUGUUGAAGGAUGUAUCAUUGGGAGCAUAUUCGCUGGGGUUCUCUUCCUGCCAGGACUGUCCAUGUGUUUCGGCGCUCUCAAGCGCAAGACUCAGCGGUUCAACUCCAAAUCAGCCGGUGUUACCUCAACCAUGCUGCUUUUCGCCAUCAUUGGUGUCUUCAGCCCUACACUUUUCUACGCAGUCUACGGCACUCAUGUUUUGAGAUGCCGGGGCUGUUUCUAUACCACACAGAGCUUGACGGUCAACUCUCAGCGGAGCAUGGCAAAUUGCCGAACCUGUUCCAUCUCCGAAGAGCUUGAUCUUUAUGGGUAUCUUUACGUCCACGUUCUUCGGCCAUUCAGUUACUUCUGUGCGGCUCUUCUCCUACUGGCAUAUGUGACUGGGCUGUUGCUCACUCUUCGCACUCACGCUGCCGCCAUUUGGGCCGGUGACUCAGAGGAUAAGAAGCACUUGUCGCAUAGACGACAGUCGGUGACUACACCUUUGACCCAGGAAAGGCCAACGACUCCCAUUGAUGCGUCUCGGAGACAUUCCUUCAGCAGUCAUCGCGGAAGUAUUAGGUCGGCCACGUCUCCACGCGGAGCACUAUCCCCUUUGUUAUCGCCAUUGCAAAGGGUCGAGCCAGAGGUUCCACCUAGGAAUUUGGCACCAAGAGGCUGCGAUGUUCUGCCUGAACUGCCUGAGGAGGACAGCACUCAGGACGGCACAAACAGAACAUCCAUCCCAUCCACAGACGCUCAAGUUGCCAGGACGAGAGCAUCAAAAGAGAACGACUGGCAUUCUGUACCCAACUGGAGCAGAACAAAGAGCCUGCUGAUACUACUUGGAGCAACGAUUCUCUACGGCAUUCUUGCCAACAUCAUCAUUGAGAUGGUUGAUUCUGUUCUCAAAGAAGUCUCUGUAGAUGAAAAGUUUGUCGGACUGACCAUUUUCGCGCUCGUGCCAAACACGACAGAAAUCUGGAAUGCCAUUCUAUUUGCCGCAAACGGCAACAUUGCCUUGUUAAUGGAGAUUGGCUCUGCCUACGUGCUCCAGGUCUGCCUCCUCCAGAUCCCGGCCCUUGUCUUUUUUUCUGCAGCGUUCCACUCACAUCCUGGCCCUCAUGAGGAUUUGAGGAACUAUGUGUUUCCUCUUGUUUUCCCGCAGUGGGAUAUGGUGCUUGUUGUUAUUGCGGGGUACUACUUCUCAGGGGUAUGA